CCACGGACCAUGUUGUUUGCUUGUGCUAUUAUUGCUCUUAUUAUUCUGCUUUUUAGCCACUGGGUAUAUAGGUGGAGAAACCCCAAGUGUAACGGGGCAUUACCACCAGGUUCGAUGGGACUACCAAUUAUAGGAGAAACAAUUCAGUACUUCACCCCUUAUGCAAAAGAUGAUGUUCCACAAUUCUUGCAAAAAAGAGUGUCUAGGUACGGGCCAAUUUUUCGCACGAGUUUAGUUGGGCAGCCAGUCAUUGUAUCAACUGAUCCUGAAGUCAACUACCGUGUCUUCCAGCAAGAAGGUAAUGCUUUCCAGUGCUCGUAUACUGAGAGUGUCUUCCGGAUAAUUGGGAAACAAAGUUUAGUUGUCCAUCAUGGAGAGUUCCACAAGUACCUCAAGAACUUAAUCUUGAAGCUUGUUAGCCCCGAAGCCUUAAGAGAGAAGCUAAUAUAUGAAAUGGAUGGCAACACUCAAAAAUGUCUAAGUUCUUGGAGUAAACUUGGAAAAAUAGAUGCUAAAGAUGGAACUGCGGAGUUGGUAUUUAAGCUUGCUGCCAAGAAGAUACUUGACUAUGAAGAAAGCAAGGCUCAGAAAAAAUUGCGAGACAGUUAUAAGGCAUUCAUGGAUGGCUUUAUCUCAUUUCCUCUCAACAUCCCUGGAACAGCAUUCCAUGCUUGCUUACAAGGACGUAAGAAAGCAAUGAAGGUCAUCAAGAACACCUUUGAGAUGAGGCGCUCAUGCAAUGACGCUACGAAAGUCUUUGUGGACCAUUUACUUAAGGAAGUAGAGAAAGAAGACACUUUUUUGAAUGAAGAAAUUGCGAUGGACUUGGUAUUUUUGCUUCUAUUUGCUUCCCAUGAGACAACUUCAACUGCAAUGACUUUGGCCAUGAGGUUUCUAAAUGACCAUCCAGCAGUUUUAGCUGAACUAAAGAGAGAGCAUGAAAAUAUUCUUAAAAUGCGAGAAACUGAAGAUUCUGGUGUUUCAUGGAAAGAGUACAAGUCCAUGAUUUUCACGCACAUGGUUAUAAAUGAAACAGUUAGGCUUGCAAAUAUUGCCCCUGGGAUUUUUCGCAAAGUGGUCAAGGAAGUUGAAAUAAAAGGGUAUACGUUUCCUGCUGGUUGGACGCUAAUGGUUUGUCCAUCAUCUGUUCAUUUGGAUCCUCAUCGAUACAACGACCCCCUUGAAUUUAACCCAUGGCGAUGGGAGGGCCAAGAAUUACAUGCGGGAUCGAAAAGUUUCAUGGCAUUUGGUGGCGGUACGAGGCUUUGUGUUGGUGCUGACUUUGCAAAGUUGCAGAUGGCAAUUUUUCUGCAUUAUUUGGUCACAAAAUACACCUGGACAGUUAUCCACGGAGGAGAGACAAUCCGGAAACCUGGUCUUCUUUUCCCCAGUGGAUUGCAUAUCGAGAUUUCAGAGAACGAAUAGACUUUCAGCUGGGCAAUUCUCCAGUGAAUUUACCUUUCAGAAGUGUAUUUGUGAUGUAGUAAUUUAUUGUUUGUUGCAAAGUUAUUUAGUUUGCUUACGACUUUGGGUUGUACUACGUUAUAAGUGCCUAAUAAGCAACAUUUUAAGUUGUGUCUUUCUUGAAACUGGGGAGAGCGUUGUCCUUUUUCUUUUUUA